AUGGCUGCGCUCGGUGGGCUGGCGGUUCUCGCGACCGGUCGCCGUGUGUGGAAGCUGCCUGCGCGCCUGUCUGCGGCGCUCCAGGGCUGCUGGCCCCGGAGGGGCUACAGCGAGGGCCGCGCUGAGAGCCCUCCCACCUUUGGCUUCCUGUUUGACAUUGAUGGAGUGCUGGUUCGAGGCCACAGAGUGAUCCCAGCUGCUCUGGAAGCAUUCAGCAAGCUGGUAAACUCCCAGGGACAGCUGCGGGUACCUGUGGUUUUUGUCACAAAUGCUGGGAACAUCUUACAACAGGGCAAAGCCAAGGACCUGUCAGCGCUGCUGGGGUGUAAGGUGGAUCCAGACCAAGUCAUUCUCUCUCACAGCCCCAUGAAGCUCUUCUUGCAGCACCACAAGAGGCGGAUGCUAGUGUCUGGGCAAGGACCCCUGGUGGAAAACGCCAGAGCACUAGGCUUCCAGAAUGUGGUGACAAUAGAUGAGCUGCGAAUGGCCUUCCCAGAGCUGGACAUGGUGGACCUCGAGCGGCGGCCCAAGACCAUGCCCCCGAGGAGUGACUUCCCUGCCAUUGAAGGGGUCCUCCUUCUUGGGGAGCCAGUUCGCUGGGAGACAAGCCUGCAGCUGAUUAUGGAUGUCCUCCUUAGCGGUGGGGACCCUGGGGCCAGCCUGGCAGCCGCUCCCUAUCCCCACCUCCCCAUCCUGGCUAGCAACAUGGAUCUCCUGUGGAUGGCCGAAGCUAAGAUGCCCAGGUUUGGUCAUGGCACCUUUCUGCUAUGCCUGGAAGCCAUCUACCGGAAAGUAACAGGCAAGGAGCUGAAAUACGAGGGCCUGAUGGGCAAGCCCAGCAUCCUCACUUACCAGUACGCAGAGGACAUAAUCAGGCAGCAGGCUGAGAGGCGGGGCUGGGCCGCCCCCAUCAGGAAGCUCUAUGCUGUAGGAGAUAACCCUAUGUCUGAUGUCUAUGGUGCCAACCUGUUCCACCAGUACCUUCAAAUGGCAAAGCGUGGAGAGGAGGAGCACGGGACUGGUAGAUGGCAGAAACAGCGGCCUUCAGCAACCCAGAGCUGUGCCUCCAUCCUGGUAUGCACUGGCAUAUACAGUUCUCAGCACGCGGGCUCCCAAGUGCCUACCCCUGGAGGGGCAGACCGUCCGUUCCAUGGGCACCGAGACUUCAGCUUCAGUCCAGAGCUCCUAGAGGCGUCCCACAUCGUACAGGAUGUGAAUGAAGCCGUGCAGCUGGUUUUCCGCCAGGAGGGUUGGGCUUGAGUGGAAGGAGCUGCAUCAGAGGCAAGGGGCUGUUGGGGUGUGCUCCUCAGGGAACCCUGUGUGCCAGGCUGUGGUCCAGG